UAUCUCUCUGAAAAUAAAUCACUUCAUAAAAAUAUAGAGACUAAAUUGAACCGAGAGUUGGAAAUAACGUCACCAAAAUAAACCAAAGUAGUAUUUUAACCUUAGGCUAUAAAAAUCUUAGCUAUAUUAUUCAAAGAAUUGAGGGGGCACAAGAAUGUCAGUUUGAACUCAGAAGUAUAGCCGUAAUGAAUUUGAGCUCUGCUGAAGCCUGCAAGUGGUUGCUAAGGUAGGUAGUUGAGCUUCAAAACCAAACCCAUGGCUUCCCCUCCACUCCCUCUCACUUUGACCCUCUUCUAUAAAUUCCUUCACCUUCUCCUCUUAACUCCAAUGAACUUCCAAAUCCAAAGUCUCGGAACAUUAUCAUACACUCCCCACAAGAGUUAUCCCAAUGGAGCCAUUUGUACCCCUUGCCCGAACAAUCCCGGUGCUCGCUCUAGCGUUUGCUGUAGCAAUUCUUCCAGUUUUGGGUCAAAUUAAUUCACCCUGCAAUCCUUCCAUGAUUGCUCGCUUCACUCCUUGCAUGAACUUGCUCACAAACAGCACAGAAAAUGGCACUUCACCAACUGCAAGCUGUUGUGAUUAUCUAAGGUCGCUCACUGGCACAGGAAUGGAUUGCCUCUGUCUCAUUGUCACUGCAAGCGUUCCUUUCCAACUACCCAUCAACCGAUCGUUGGCGAUUUCUCUUCCUCGUGCCUGUAACAUGCCCGGCGUCCCAGUCCAAUGCAGAGCCUCUGCUGCUCCUAUUCCAGCUCCAGGUCCUAUCUCACUUGGUCCAGCCCUCUCUCCUGAUGCAUCACCAACUCCAUUAGGUUCUGGCCUCCCUCAACCUGCGACGCCUGCACAGUCACCGGAAGCAGAAACCACAGAGUUUCUAACUCCGCCUGAAACUCCGACCACGACCACUGAUGCUGGGACUGGGAUUUCACCUGAACUGACUCCGUCAUCUGCUACAAUACCCACUUACAACUUCUAUCUUCUGGUGUUGGCAUUGAGUUGUAUGGUUUGGAAGCUAUACUAGAUUGCUUAUCCAAAAUCUGCUGAUUUAUUGGUUCCAACAAAAAAUAAAAAAGAUCUGUUUAUUUAUUUGUAAUUGUGGGGAGUUAUUCUUUUGAGUUUUGAGUGGAAUAGUUGUUUGAUUAGGUUUUUGGGCUUUGAGUUGGUUCAGAGGAGUGACUGCUUGUAUACCUAAAAAGCAGACAUACCGAGAAUUGUUUGAUACUUUGUUUAGGAUCAAUUUAAAUUCUUCAUUUUAUUGCU